UGGGUCCCCGUGAUGACCUAAUCGAUUCCCCCGGGUGAACAGAGCCGCCAGCAAAAGGGCGUAUUACAAAUGUCAUAAAGAAGGCGUCAGCUUGGAGUUGGUGGGAGCAUUACGAUUACGUUAUGGCCACUGACGCAAACAAUUAUUCUUACUCACCCACCAAAAAUCACCUUAAUGUACCAAUUUAUCCAUGCUUUUAAUUAUUCCUCCUUAUGUUCUUUGUUAAAAUUGCAUGGGCAUUCUCGUCAACUAAAGGCCUUCUGUGGAAGACUUUGUGACCCAUCACGCGGUGUUGACCCUCUAUAAAGGGUCGUACAACACGGUUUCCAGUUCAUGCAAUUGGUGAUUACGGCAACCCCAUUUCCUCUUCCUUUUCUCAUAAUUUAUAUUUAUGUGUUAACAAUAUGUAGAUAGUUUUAUGUCUGAAUAUAUAGUUCGUGCCCUAUCUUUAAUUGCAUUAAGCAAUAAAGAAAAAGACUAUAGCAGAAUCAAGCUAGAGUGGCCUCUCUAGUAGGAAAAAUAUGGAGUGUGGAAAAAAGAGAAAAAUGGAAAAUGAAAAAGAAGAAGAAAGUGAUGAUGAAGAAGAAGAAGAGAAGGUAAAGAAGUUCUUUGCUUUGAUCAGAAGCACAAGGGAGAUGCGUGAUCGUCUAAGAAACGUGCCAAAUGGAUCAAAAGAGGAAGAAGAGAAGAAGAAGAAGAAACAGGAAGAGAAAUCGGUUGCUGCCAUGUGGAAUCCAAAAUUCCAACCGGAAGAUUUCAUGGAGGAUUCCAAGUCCAAGAAUCCUUUGUCAGUGAAUGAUGCAGGCCCUUCCUCGAAGAGAGAACAAGAAAAAGAAACCAAGGAAGGAGGGGAAGAUAGUAGUUUAGACCUAAAGCUUUCUUUAUAAUAAUAAAUUGAAGGAAUAAUGGACUUUUUUUUGUUUGUUGUUGUUGAACGUUCAAAAGAAAGGAAAAUUGGUCAAAUCUUACUACUGUUACAUAUCAAUCCAUAUGCCUCUCAAUGUUAAUUUUUCAAGUGGUUUUUAAAUUGUAAUACCCUAGCCAAAUAACUAUAACCUGACCGUUCAUUGGUAAAAAAUAAUAAUAAUAAAGGAAAAAAAAUAAAAAAGAUUUAUCAAUAGUUUUUCUUUGAAAAAAAAUUGAAGAAACCUUCAAAAAAAAAAAAAAAAGAGAGGAAGAGGAAGAGGAAGAGUAAAUCAAUCAUAGAAAUCUCUAAUUUAGGUAAGAUUUUACUUAAAAUUCUUAAAAUUUUUAUGUUUUGUGUAAUUUUCUACACCCUCAACUUAUAUUGAUGUAUUUUUUCAUCUUCAAAAUAAUUCUGAAGAUUUUUUGGUGACAAUAUAAUGAAAUUGUAGGUACCAAUAAGAUCUUUUCUAAAGUUAUGCGUGGCAAAUUAA